GUCCCUAUGAACAUGACCAUUACGGGUUGCAUGCUCACCUUCUAUAAGACAACUCCGGCUGUUGUGUUUUGGCAGUGGAUUAACCAGUCCUUCAACGCCGUCGUCAAUUACACCAACCGUUCUGGGGACUCCCCUAUCAGUGUGAAGCAACUAGGAACGUCCUAUGUUAUGGCCACCACUGGUGCCUUGGUCACUGCCUUAGGCCUCAAUAGUUUAGUCAAGUCCUUGCCGCCUCUGAUUGGCCGUCUUGUCCCCUUCACGGCUGUAGCGGCCGCCAACUGCGUUAAUAUCCCUAUGAUGAGAAUGAAAGAGUGGAAGGAAAAUGGUGUGAUCCUCCUUGAUAAAGACAACAACGCUAUUGGUGCUAGUAAAGUUGCGGCAAAAUGGGGGGUGGCCAUGGUGACCAUCUCCAGGAUCAUGAUGGCUGUGCCCAGUUGCGUCCUGCCACCCAUUCUGAUGAAUGCGCUUGAGAAGCGGGGGACACUAAGGAGAAUGCCUUGGAUCUCGGCUCCUCUCCAGGUGGGCCUUUGCGGUUUAUGCUUGACCUUUGCCACGCCCGCCUGCUGUGCGCUCUUCCCCCAGAAGGCCUCGAUUGCUGUAUCGAGUUUGGAGCCGGAAGUUCAGGAAAAGAUUCGAGCACUGCCUGAUGCACCAGAUGUGGUGUACUACAACAAGGGACUGUAAAUCUGCACUCUGUAGUAAUAGUAGAUGUUUAUUUGUUAGAAAAUGUACUCUGGUAACACAAAAUGCAGAAUUCACAGUGUGGUUUAAAGGUUGAAAUAGAUAAAUUUGGAUGUACUGAUAUUUCUCUCACUCUUGUCACGUAGUUGUGCUCAUUACGCCUUCAUAUAAUACUCUCAUGUGAUACCUGUAUAUAACACCCACAAACAAUGUACAGACUCAUGCAGAUGCAGACACCCAGGUGCAGCCAAACAGAUGCAGCCACAUAGACACAGACACAGACACAGGCUCUCAGAUGCAACCACACACAGACACAGACAUAUAGAGACACAGUUGCACACACAGACAAAUGUGCACAUAGACACAGACACAGAGACACAGACUCUCAGAUGCAGCCACACAGAUGUAAACACAUAGAGACACAGUUGCACACACAGACAAAUGUGCACACAGUCAGACGUGCACACAGUCAGACGUGCACACAGUCAGACGUGCACACAGUCAGACGUGCACACAGUCAGACGUGCACACACACACACACACACACACACACACACACACACACACACACACACACACACACACACACACACACACACACACACACACACACACACACACACACACACACACACACACACACACACACACACACACACACACACACACACACACACACACACACACACACACACACAAACUUCUGAUCACCUGUACAUACUUUGCCUAGUGGGGAAACUGAAUAAUUUUUCAGUUAUGUUUUUUUAUAUUAUAUUAUUUGUUGCCAUAGAGAUCAUAUAGGCUCAAACUUCAGAAAAGAUUUAUAAAAAUAUUUAUAUUUUUGUUGUGCCAUAAAUAACAAUGUGCCAUGAAAGACCAUUUAAAAAAAUAUAUAUAUUUUACUCUCAUUACCUUUUGUAAUUUGCUCAAGAAAUGGUCACACUGAAAGAAACAGUAAUUAUUGAGGAAUCCCAGGUUGGAAAGACAGUACCAGAUUUUUUGGUAUGACACGCAAUAUUAAACAUGUUACCUCAGGAAGACAUUAUCAUUGUUAUUAUUUUUUGUUUUAGGGCUGGUAUACAUUUUUUUUUUCUUUGUUUAUUUGUCCGUGUGUAUGGUAAUCUUUUUUAUCAAUAUUAUCAAUAACUAUUAUUAACAAUAUUGUUAUUAUCAAUAUUAUAGUUAUUUGUCUGAUUAUUUUCAUUUACUGAUUCUAGGAUUGCCACUUAAUAUCACUUUAGGGGAAAAAAAGAUAUGUUAAUGAUUGCUUAUUCACCUGCAAGUUUUUUUUUUUUUUUAUUUUUAUAGAUAUAGGAUAAAUAGGGAUAAGAACAGAAAAGAAAGAAAAAAAAAUCAUGUCACAAACCUGCUAAAUGGGAAUCAGAAUAGAGAUUAUUAGAAUGGGAUAUAUAAAAAGGAAAUGCUCAUUAGGUUUUUAUACCAUUGUACAUUAGUAACACUAAUGAAUCGUAUAGCAUAAUAAAGUGAGCUCAGACAGGUUGUGUGGUUUGUCUCUGUUUGGUGAAAGUACGUUGUAAAUGUAUUCUUGCAUUAGGAUAUACCUUGAUAUGUAUGGGAUGAGUUGACUUUGAAUUAUCAUUUAGAAACUGGCCAGGAGAAACAUAUAUAUUAUGAUAUUAGCUUAUAAAUGGGACUUUUACGGGAUGUAUUGCUGAUAGCAGAAGAAUUUAAUAAAAAUGUACUUAUGUAAUGUCUCCCCUAAUCCUGCCAUAUGAUAAUCAUUAGUAUUUAUAGUAAAUGUGCCAUAAUAUUUUUUCUGGUGUAUUUGUAUUGUAUUUCAUUGUGAGAUUAUUUUUUCCUGGAUCUUGAGCUGUUCGUAAGUGGAUUAAAACUGAGAUUAAGCAAUAAGCGAAAAAGAGAAUCUAUUUUCGUAUCAGCAAUAGUUUUUUUAUUGGUGACAAAAUGAAAUAGGGAAAAUUUAAGAUAAAUUUGAUAUGAAGUAUUGAAAUGUUAAGUUAUUUUUUAUAAUUUGGCUUCUUUGUUAUGUAAUCAUAGUUGUUACUGUGCGAGUAUGAGGCAAAUCCCGUUUGAAGAUGUAAGCAGUCUGUAAUCCUUUUGGUUAAACCUUGAUUAGAUUUGUUUUUGUGACAUUACGUGAAAGGAUCUAUAGGUGUACUGUUGUGUUUUUCAGUGUAUAUUUUUUCCAGGUAACUAGAACUGUUCUUGUAGUAUUCACUCAGAAAUAGUAUGAUUUUUUUGGGGGGGGAAUAGAAAUGUACUAGAAGUUGCAGUAAUCUACUUGGAAGAGAUGAUUAAAUAGAAAAGAUGGGGUAGGAAUAUGAAGAAGGUAGUGGCAAGAGAAGUAAGGGUAAGCUUGUACAGUAUCUGUACUGCUAAAGAGAAAGUUGUAACAAGACACUUUUAAUUGGCAUUAGCAGAACGUAGUGGAUGUAGGUUGUAAAUUACAUAUUUGAUUUAUUUUAUAACUAAAUUAUUAUGAAUAAAUCAAUGUAACAAGCAGGAAA